AUGGAUCCUCUCAUGAGCGCAUUCAAAGCAAGAGAAAGUAAAACAUUCUGCAGCCCAAUUCCACACAAGUACGAGCAGAUGUUCAAGGCAAAGAAAUACGAUCUAGAGCACUUCGGGUUGACAUUCUUUCAGCGUGCCGUGUGCUUCUCAGCAUGCUUGGGUGCAGGGAUACUAUCGUUUCUCUACAGCAUGGUCAAGAUAGUUCGGCUGUCACCAUCGGGGUUUAUACUCCCAUACACAGUAUCGAACUUCUUAUUCUUCAUCAUGUUUGGAUUCCUCCUUGGAUUCAGAUCAUAUCUGGAGGGACUAUUUUCGAAGAAGAAACGCUUCCAUAGCUCAUGGUUCAUUGGAUGUACGUUUCUGACCCUGUAUGUUGUUCUGAGAUAUGACAGGUAUUUACUCAACCUGGUGUUUUGCUUCAUCCAGGUGACGUCGUUCGUCAUGUUUUCACUGACCUUUGUCCCUGGUGGAACCUCGGGUGUGUCCAGCAUGGUCAAUAUGUUCUUCAAAAAAUAA